UUGGUGCGGGGCCGGGGCGGGGAUGGCGCCGUGACAGGAGAGCGCGCAGGGCCACCCUGCCUGGAUGCGGGGCCUGCGGCGUGAGCCGAGCCGCGUCCGUGCGGGGACGGGAGCAGGGCUGGCCUCGCCUCCCCGCCGCCGCGGAGCCGAGCGGUGAUAGGCCGCGGAGGAGGGGGGGGGAGCGCCGUGCCCCUUUGUUCGCCUCCCCACCCUGGUGAAGGGACCCCGCAGGCAAGGGGAGAAGAUGAGCAGCGAGGCGCUGUGGCUUUUCAAGCAGCUGAACCUCCACCUGGAGCAGGAGGGGCGGUUCCAGCCCCGGGAGAAGGGGCUCAGCCUCAUCGAGUGUGCGGCCGAGAAUGAAAACACUCUGUGUCCGAGACAAAGGAAUGGCAAGGUGGAAGAUCUUUGGAGUCUCACCAACUUCUUCGGUUUUGCAACUGAAACAUUUGUUUUGGCUGUUAACAUCCUGGACAGAUUCUUGGCUCUCAUGAAGGUGAAGCCGAAGCAUUUAUCUUGCAUUGGGGUUUGUUGUUUCCAACUGGCUGCCCGAGUGGUAGAAGACGAAUGCAAUAUUCCAUCUGCUCAUGAGAUCAUCCGGAUCAGCCAAUGUAAAUGCACUGUGUCCGACCUGAAACGGAUGGAAAAGAUAAUUUCAGAAAAGUUGCACUUUGAAUUUAAAGCUACUACUGCCUUAACCUUCUUGCACUUGUACCAUACUAUUGUACUCUGUCAUACCUCAGAACGGAAAGAAGUAUUGAAUCUGGACAAGUUGGAAGCACAGCUAAAAGCUUGCAACUGUCGUCUGGUCUUUUCUAAAGCAAAACCAUCUGUCUUGGCCUUGUGCCUUCUCACUCUGGAAGUUCAGACUUUGAAAUCUGUUGAGCUGAUGGAGAUCCUUCUGCGUGUUCAAAAGCAUUCAAAGAUAAGUGAUAGUGACCUGCUUUACUGGAGGGAACUGGUCUCAAAAUGCUUGGCAGAUUAUUCUUCUCCUGAAUGUUGCAAGCCUGAUCAUAAAAAGCUGGUUUGGAUUGUUUCAAGACGUACAGCCCAGAACCUACAAAACAGUUACUACAGUGUUCCUGAGUUGCCAACAAUACCAGAGGGUGGAUGUUUCAAUGAAAGUGAGAGUGAAGAUUCCUGUGAAGAUAUGAGCAGCGGAGAAGAAAGCCUUAGCACUUCUCCUCCGAGUGAUCUGGAAGGCACCUUCUUCUUUGAACUCAAACCUAAAACAAAGUGGCAAACUCUCAGCUGUCGGUCUUAGCGUUGUCUUGAUUGUUUUAGCUUGAGACUUUUAAUGCACAAUGGAGUCUUUUUGCAAUAAAAAAAUGAGGUGGUAAUCUGUAAACUGUAUUAAGGCAAGAAUUGCUGUGGUUUCUCAAUGCUUAGAAUGCCUGCCUUGGGUUUUUUGUUGUUGUGAUUUUAAGGAAGAAAAAAAUCCCAAUCAGGUCCCUAGGUCAGCAACAAAAUCUGUGUGGUUCUGUUGUCAACAAGCAUAAAUGCAAUACCUGAGGCACAGGGCCUGAGAAGGAGAGGUUAAGCAAAAUGAGGAUGCUCAGACUGGCAAAGUGGCUUUUGGGAGGGAAAUGGGAUUGAACAGCAGCCUUGUGGUAUCUUGGAGGAGAAGAUGAUUUCAGGGUCUUAACUGAGAAGCAUGGAGCAGGAAUGAGAAGCUUUCAUUAAACUGUGAGGUUCUUAGGUAAUAGCAGAAGCUUGCUCUGUGGGGACAGUCCAGCAUGGGACUGGACCAAGAGGGGCUCUGCAGUCAUUGUCCUGGGAGGUUCUCAGGAGUUGUCAUGUCAAAAUCCAUGCUAGGCUGGAAUUCAGCAUUAGCCCUGCUUUGAGCAGGGCAUUGGGCUGGAGUCCUCUUGAGGGCACCUCCACUCCUGUUUGGAAUUAGAUCACACUGGCUGAGUAGGUUAUGUGGAGUGACAUGUAUAUGUAGUACCAAGCUGAAAUGAUUUACUGUCAAAUGGGCCAAAUAGUGAAGCUGCUCUCACACUUUCUGUGCUGUGCUCCUUUUCAGCAGGAUCUUUAGUUGUAACCCUCCAAGUAGAUGGUUUUCUUUAAACUUGGUUUUUAUAAACUUCAGGAAUCUCUUGUCCACAACAGGAGCAUGAGGGGCAAGUAGCUGGUUUCUAGUCAGUACUCGCUUUCACUAAAGGAUAGUAUAAAGUGUGUGGCAGGGAGUAAUUAAUAUUUUCUUUAAUGCUGAUGUUUUUACACUGAUUCUCAUUUUAUGCUUCAGUGUGUUGAAAAUCUUCACUGUCAACCCAUACUGUUAGCCUAGGCUUAUUAACAUGGUUAAAUCUUGGUAAGUCUGCAUUCCUUUUAAUAUUUAACCUUGUAGUUGUUUUGCAAUAUAUUCAUGUUAUUGAUUGCAUCAUAACCAGACUUGUUUGCAUGCUUAUGUAAAGCAGUUAGUGCAGGAAAAGUGGAUAUUAUGCAGUAAUAUCAGGUAAAUGUGAUGUUGAUGAAGUAGUUAACGUAAUGGUUUUUUUCUCAACUUUUAUUAUUGAAGCACAAAUUGAAGUAUGAUUGGGUUUCUCCAUACUGGGGACGUGGUUAGGUAGCAAGUGGGCUAAUUAGCUGGGAAUAAUGGUGUGAAGUGUGUUGGUGCCAAAGUAGAAAUGAAGGAGCAGACAAGCUGAAGGCUGUUUUUGUAGAUGCAAGCCAUGUUUUAGGAUGGUAAGAGCGGUGCUGUGAGUUCAUAACUGUUUGUGAUUUCAGUUUUAUAAAAACAUAAAAAAAGUUUACAAAAAAUGUAUAUAAAAAUGUAAAUGAAAAAAUGUACAGAAAAAAAUGUAAAACAAAAAAUGAUCAGAAAAUACUGUAUUUUUUUACACUGUAUGUAACUUUUUUGUAGCCAUGUUGCAUGUAGAUAGUAAUUUAUUGUGUACUCUGUAUGAUAUACAUACUGUACAUCUGAAGACUUCUUACUGCUUCCUUUGGAAAUGGAGUGCUUUGGUUGCAGGUGACAAACCUACUGAGUCUUGUUUCAGUUCAGAAGAAGAAUAAACCAAGUGCUGUAUUUGUUAA